AUGAAGGACUACCACAUCCAGGCACAGGGCGUGCAAAUAUCGCCGCAACCUAUGAGCGACCGUCAGGCACUACGGAAAGAAGUUGGGCUGCCAAUCAUCGCGAUCAGACGGUACUUCAACAACAUUGCGAGUUUUUCGACACUGCUUCCAAAAGCUGGCUUCGGCGUGCUACUAUCUCUGCUGGCCAUUUUCAUUAUCCACGCCAACUUCUCGUACCCAACAGUCUCCGGCUGGCUGCCCGAUCCGUUCUUCCGGGUCUUCACUGAGAGGACUCACAAGGAUAAGCACGGGAGCAAUACCGGUUCGUACGACACGGAAGGCCGCUUUAUCCCACAGAGGUUCGAGGACAUCUUCUCCAAGUACGCGGGUGGAUGUGACUACAUCACUCUCGACGACGUAUAUCAGCUGCACAAAGGGCAGAGACUUAUUAUGGACCAUAUUGGCUGGUUCGCCAACAUCUUUGCGUCCCCGUUAGAUGGUAGUUCAAAGCUUCAGCUAGAGUUUCCAGAGUUGGGCAUUUAG